UAUUUUUCUUCCCGCUAUAUAUAUAGAAUCGCGUCUGUCCAUACGCUCAGUCUAUAAAUACAAACAGUCACUUUUUCUUGUCACUGCACGAUCCAUUGCCGGGUCCAGGUGGCAUCUCCCGCCUUAAUUUAUAUCCACCCUGCUGAUUUAUGAACUGUAUAUCUGCAAUUUGAUUUAUGGGGAUUUGGGCAGGCUUAAUUAUUUGCCGAAAAGUUCCUCACAUCAGAUGCUCGAAUUGUGGCGAAUCUUACAGGGCAUCGUUAUUCUUUGGACAUUUGCGGAAGUGGGUUACAUUAGCUUGAUAAAAUUAGGUUUGAUUAGUGGGCAGUUUCAUGAAUGUUUUGGAGCGGAGUGAAAGAGAUCACAAUAUAACAUGCUUUGCUCAUCGGCAUGGGCACAGAUUAGGGUAUGGUGGGGUGACUACGACAAAAUUCAAACCCUUGCAGUUUUUAUGCUUUACAUUCAGAUUGCAUGCGCUUUGGUUGGGUCUCUUGGUGCAUUCUAUACAGGCAUUCUGUUAAUUAACUUGGUGGUGGCUUUAUUUGCUUUGAUAGCCAUUGAGAGUGGCAGUCAGAUUUUGGGGCGUACUUAUGCAGUAUUGCUGGCUGCAGAACUUAGUCUAGACAUCAUUUGGUUUAUUUUAUUCUCUACAGAGAUAUGGAAGAUCGAUCCCCUGAAGUAUGGAAAAUUUUCUGUCUUGUCAGUGAAGGUUGUAUUUUGGAUGCAAACUAUUGGAUUUUCAGUUAGAAUGAUAUCCUCAAUCGUAUGGUUCCAGAUGUAUAGAUUGGGGGUUUCAUCAGUUAAUACUGCACUUUAUCAAUCUGCCGAUCUUGAAAGCAGGGGUGCUUUUCUUCAUGUAUCAAGUCCAGUUCCUGCUAGGCAGACAUCUCUCAGUGAUGAAGUAUUAGGAGGCUCUAUCUAUGAUCCAGCUUAUUACUCCUCUCUUUUCCAGGACACAGCAGAUCUAGGACCUUCCCCGGAGAUUGAUAAGCAGAGUGCAGGGAGUAAUGGUGCUAAUUCUUCACCUGGUUUAGGAUCUUCCCAUUUUAAGUGUUAUACUUCAAGUUUGCUGGAGGCACCUGAAAGCGUUUGACAUGGUGAAGUAACUGAAAGCUUCUGACAUUUGAAGCACAAACUGAUUUGUGAAUCCCAUAUCUGUUUGCACAUUAUCUUUUGGUGAAUUGAAUAUGUACAUCUUGUAUUAUACGCAUCUGUUUGUAUUAUUUUGGAAAUAUUCAAGAUACAUUGAUUUUUUAACUAAACUUUACAGAAUCUUGAGUUUUUAGUCUUCGUCGCAUGAGAAUGCAAUUAUAAGGCAACACAGAAAGAACUUUCUUGGCCUUCUGAGUGGUUUCCUUAAAGCACUGGCCCAUGCAUGAUAUGACCGAUAUGACCAAUAGUGGUUCCUUAUAUUGUCCAAGCGCAAGCAUAAGAAUAUGCUCAGAAAAACUUCUGAGUGAAACCAUAACUAUUCUUCUCUCAAACAAUUUCAGGGUCCAUGUUAUUUUUGGGUCAGAAAAUUUUGGCAAUGAAAAUUUUGGAAUUUGUGUA